AAACAGAUCAUGUUAUUUCAGUGAACAGGGAGCUCCCAAGAGAAAUUAUUCAGUUCAGUCUCCAUCUUGAGUCCCAGAACAGAGCAGGAAACUGGAGCGUGAAGAGUGUUAAUCUUUAUAAACUGAAGCGUGACUGACUUCAGAACAUGAGUGUUCGUUUAGAGGAAGAGGAGGACAGAGCAGAGUCUCCUGGACCCAGCUGUCUGUCUCUGAAGAGUGACCAGUCCAAAGAUGAUUUUAUAAACUUCAGUCCUGAAGCUGGACCCUCAGACUCACAAUUUCUGUCAAAGGGACAGAGAGCAGAGUGUCCUGUACCCGGCUGUGUGUCUCUGAAGAGUGGCUGGUCCAAGGAUCAUCCCCCAGACUUCGGUAAUGAACCUGGACCCAGCUGUGUGUCUCUGAAGAGUGACUGGUCCAAAGAUCAUCCUCCAGACUUCAGCAAUGAACCUGGACCCUCAGACUCACAGGGGAGGAAGAGGAGUCCUGUCUCUGUGGAGGAGCAGCCGUCCUGCUGUGCUGUGUGUCAGGACGUCCUGACGGAUCUGGUCUCUACCAGCUGUGGACUCUGCAGACAGUGCCUCACCUCAUACUGGGACAAGUCUGGUUCCAACCCAGAGCCUGGUGGUCUGCAGGAGGUUUUCAAGGAACACAAGACCAGUCUGAGGAAGAGAUGUGAACAUGUGACUGAAGGAAGUGAUGAAACAGGAAGUAGAACCCUCCUCAACAGGAUCUACACUGAGCUCUACAUCACAGAGGGACAGAGUGAAGAGGUGAAUACCCAACAUGAGGUGAGCCAGCUUGAGACCGCCUCCAAGAAGAAGAUCCUCCAGGACACUCCCAUCAAGUGCCAGGACAUCUUCAAAGCCUUACCUGGUCAACAGAAACCCAUCAGAGUGGUUCUGACAGUCGGCAUCGCUGGGAUUGGAAAAACCUUCUCAGUGCAGAAGUUCACUCUGGACUGGGCAGAGGGCUCAGAGAACCAGGACCUCAGUCUGCUGGUUCUGCUUUCAUUCAGGGAGCUGAACUUGAUCAGAGAUGAGCGGUACAGUCUCCUCCAGCUGCUCCAUGAUUUCCAUCCAACAUUACAGAAGGUCCCAGCAGAGACACUGGCUGUCUGUAAACUGGUGUUCAUCUUUGACGGCCUGGACGAAAGCAGACUGUCUCUGGAUUUCAACAACACUCAGGUUGUGUCUGACGUCACACAGGAGUCGUCUGUAGACCUGCUGUUAACAAACCUCAUCCAGGGGAAUCUGCUCCCUUCAGCUCUGGUCUGGAUCACUUCUCGACCCGCAGCAGCCAAUCAGAUCCCUCCUUCACGCGUUGACAGGGUAACAGAAGUCCGAGGCUUCACUGACGCCCAGAAGGAGGAGUACUUCAGGAGGAGGAUCAGUGAUGAAGAUCUGUCCAACAGAAUCAUCUCACACAUCAAGACCUCCAGGAGCCUCCACAUCAUGUGUCAGAUCCCGGUCUUCUGCUGGAUCACUGCUACAGUUCUGGAGCACAUGAUGAGCACAGAGCAGAGAGGAGAGCUGCCAAAGACCCUGACUGACAUGUACUCACACUUCCUGCUGGUCCAGACCAAGAGGAAGAGGAAGAAGUACGCUGAGGGUCAUGAGACCAGUCCUCAGGAGCUGAUGGAGGCUGACGGGGAAGUUCUCCUGAAGCUGGGCAGGCUGGCGUUUGAACAUCUGGAGGAAGGAAACAUCAUGUUCUACCAAGAAGACCUGGAGCGCUGUGGUCUGGAUGUCACAGAGGCCUCGGUGUACUCAGGACUCUGUACAGAGAUCUUCAAAAGAGAGUGUGUGAUCUUCCAGAAAACAGUCUACUGCUUUGUUCAUCUGAGCGUUCAGGAGUUUCUGGCUGCAGUCUACGUGUUCCACUGUUCCACAACCAGGAACAAAGCAGUACUGGAGGAACAAGACAGGAACACAGCAGCACUGGAGGAACAAAACAGGAAAAAAGCAGCACUGGACUCUUUCCUGGAGAGAGAAGACUGGAAUGAAGAAGAAGAGGAUUUACGGUCUAGAGAAGACAGGAACGACGAAGAACUGGAAAGAUUAUAUGAGAACGAAGAGAGGAACAUUGCAGCACUGGUCACUUUACAGGAGGAAGAAGACAGGAACACAGAAGCACUGGAGGCUUUACUGGAGAAACACGACAGUAACACAGCAGUAAUUAAGGCUUAUCAGAAUAAAGGGGGCAGGAUCAGCGCAGCACUGUGGAAAAUACGCAAAGUUCAUCCUCUAGAAGAUCUCCUGAAAGGAGCUAUGAUGAAAGCCCUGAGAAGUAGAAAUGGCCACCUGGACCUGUUUGUCCGCUUCCUGCAUGGGCUGUCUCUGGAGUCAAACCGGAGACUCUUAGGAGGUCUGCUGGGUCACACAGACAACAGUCCAGAGAUGAUCCAAAGAGUCAUCAACAACCUGAAGGAGAUGAACAGUGAUUAUGGCUAUCCUGACAGAAUGAUCAACAUCUUCCACUGUCUGAUGGAGAUGAAGGACCUCUCAGUCCAUCAGGAGAUCCAAGAGUUCCUGAAGUCACAGAACAGAUCAGAGGAACUCUCUGAUAUCCAGUGCUCUGCUCUGGCCUACAUGCUUCAGAUGUCAGAGGAGGUUCUGGAUGAGUUAGAUCUGGAGAAGUACAACACAUCAAGAGAGGGACGAUGGAGACUGAUUCCAGCUGUGAGGAACUGCAGGAAGGCUCGACUUACAGACUGUGGGCUCUCAGGGACUCACUGUGAGGUUGUGACCUCUGCUCUGAAGUCCAACCCCUCCCACCUGAGAGAGCUGGACAUGAGUGUAAACAAGCUGCAGGAUUCAGGAGUAGAUCUUCUGUCAGCUGGACUGGAGAGUCCUCACUGCAGACUGGAGACUCUGAGAUUGAGUCGCUGCAGUUUGUCAGCGAUCAGCUGUGCUUCUCUGGCCUCUGCUCUGAAGUCCAACCCCUCCCAUCUGAGAGAGCUCGACAUGAGCAUCAACAAGGAGCUGCAGGAUUCAGGAGUGGAGCAGCUGUGUGGUUUUCUGGAGAGUCCAGACUGCAGACUGGAGACUUUGGGGUUAAGUUGGUGCAUGUUGUCAGAGAUCAGCUGUGCUUCUCUGGCCUCUGCUCUGAAGUCCAACCCCUCCCAUCUGAGAGAGCUGGACCUGAGUAACAACAAGCUGCAGGAUUCAGGAGUGAAGCAGCUGUGUGGUUUUCUGGAGAGUCCACCCUGCACACUGAAGACUCUGAGAUUGAUGUGGUGCAGUUUGUCAGAGCUCAGCUGUGCUUCUCUGGCCUCUACUCUGAAGUCCAACCCCUUCCAUCUGAGAGAGCUAGACCUGAGUGGGAACAAGCUUCAGGAUUCAGGAGUGAAGCAGCUGUUUGGUUUUCUGGAGAGCCCGCUCUGCAGACUGGAGACUCUGAGGUGGAGUUUCUGCAGUUUGUCAGAGAUCAGCUGUGCUUCUCUGGCCUCUGCUCUGAAGUCCAACCCCUCCCAUCUGAAAGAGCUGGACCUGGGAGCAAACACGCUUCAGGAUUCAGGAGUGAAGCAGCUGUGUGGUUUUCUGGAGAGCCCGCUCUGCAGACUGGAGACUCUGAAGUUGAGUCGCUGCAGUUUGUCAGAGAUCAGCUGUGCUUCUCUGGCCUCUGCUCUGAAGUCCAACCCCUCCCAUCUGAGAGAGCUGGACCUGAGUGAGAACAACCUGAAGGAUUCAGAAGUGAAGCAGCUUUCUGAUCUUGUGGAGAGUCCCCUCUACAGACUGGAGACUCUGAGAUUGAAGUGGUCUCAGUGAGAGAGGAGAUAAUCCAGAGAGGUUGAAGCAGCAGCAGCCUGUGUGUGGAGAGGCUCUGACUGGACUGUGUUCCUGGGAGGAAGAGGAAGAGAAGAGCUUCAUCCAGCAGCACUUAGAUGAUAAAGUGUUAAAGUGCAUCUUCUUCACAUAAUUCUACGUUCUAUUGACAUAAACUGAGCUGUGUGUCAACAGGCUGCUAGAAGCUUCUUUGCAUUUCAUUGAGGAACAUUUUCUUUAGUUGGUGCUUUAAGUGCUGACUUUAGAGAAACAUCUUUUACAUGACCUUACAUUUUGGGGGUUUAACGGUGUGCUUCAACAUAUGGUGAUGGCGUUUUAUCUGCUUAUGAAACAGAUUAACAUUAAUACUAAUUCCUGCUGAUUGUCCCUUAUGCGACACCGUAGUUGUGAUAUGGUUCUGUGUCCGACGCCAUGUUUUUCAGACUUUGUUUUGUGUUACUAUGUGAAGGUAAGCAGCAUCAGAUGAAAUGAUUUAGAAAACAUGUUUAAAACACCACAUUUAGUGAACUUGUUAAUGCAUUGAGUUUAAGGGGAUUUAGCUGCAGUUUGCUGUGUUUAAAGCUAACUCGUGUUGUUUCUACCAUUAUCCAUGUCAUGGGUUGCUUUUGAGUUGUGUUUUAAUUUGUGUUUCAUUACUCCAUGUUCUGUAUGUUAUCUGUUGCCAUUCUUGUGUGUUUAGUGUCUUGUGUUGCUACCUGUGUUUUCCUGUGGUCUUGAGUUUGUUUUCAAGGUUUUAUGCUGUAGAAUAUUCUUGUGUUAAGUUUUGUGUUACUGCCUGAGUUUUCCCGCCUUAGUAAUUGUCUUCACCUGUGACUUGUUGUCCUCACCUGUGUGUCUUUACUCGUUACCCAGUGUGUCUAUUUAGGGUGCAUCUCAAAGCUCUUAACAUCCAUCCCGUCCGUCCCAUAUAUAUGUAUCAUAAACACAACGUGUGGAUGCACAGGUGAUGAUGCUGUUGGUGGGGAAUCUUUUUCCUGAGUGGGGGUCGAAGAAAUGAUCAGUGUGUGUGUGUGUGUGUGUGUGUGUGUGUGUGUGUGUGUGUGUGUGUGUGUGUGUGUGUGCGUGCGUGCGUGCAUGCGUGCGUGCGUGUGUGAAUAUGUUGUGAUGCUGGUGUUGAUGCCGACCAUGCUCAGUGGAAAGGUCAAUGAGAUGGAGAGGAGCAGGAGGAACAAUGAUCAAGGCUUAAAGUGUAUGAAGUUUAUUGUUUAUGCAACGCUGUAAAUCUGAUGUAAGGCCUUUCCCUGAAGCAGGACUUGAGUACUAAUCCACAAAAGUUCAUGGAUUUUAACCUUACCCUAUUCAUUUUACGCUGUGAGAUUUUUCACCUUGACCAUCCUCUUGCUCACCAUGUAAAUGAUCAGUUUUGGCUUGCUUUGGAUGUGAAUAAAGGCAUGACUGGAAUCUAAUCCAACAGUUGAAGAAAGAGACAAGAGGGAGUGUUUAAGGGGACUUGAGGGGUUUAUGGGUGGAUUGCAAAAUCUCACAGAAAAAGGCAUUACAAGCACACAUCAGAAUGACCUACUAACUUAGAUUAUAUAUCAGGACUUACAAGUAACUAAGAAAAAAAUGACGGUCUUCUGUUUUUAUCUAUGAUUAGAUUAAUCUAUAACAAACACAAACCCACACACACACACACACACUCACACACCACCUUUGCUGGGUUAUUUUACAAGGAUUACGCUGGUGAUUACAUGGGGCUCUUUUACUGGCGGCUCCCACAUUCCACCUUCUCCAUCUUCCUUUUUUUUCUCACUCUUGUUCUUUAUUUGCUACUCUUGUGCUUUAUUUCUUACUGUUAGAAUCCCCUUCUCUCCUUCUCUGGCUUUCUUUCUCUGUUAAAAAAAGACAUUUAUAAGAGGGGAGAAUAUGGGACCGAGGCGCUUCUGUAUUAACAUUUCAAUCACGCUUUUAGCUCAGUGAAAGAAAAUGAAUUCAAGUGGGUUCAUGCCUUUUGCUCCUCCAAAACUGUAUGCAACUGCAUCUCUUUCUUUCUUCUUCUUCCCCUCUCUUUCUGUGACUGUUUCAGAGCUGUAAGAGCUGGUUCAAUAAGUGAAUGGUAAUCCCUGUAGAAGCAGAGAGCGGGGCCUUUGUAGAUCAGAGGGCAGAUUAGCAUGGUGACCGUGGAGAGAACAGAGUCCUUUGUCUCACUAAAAGGCUGGGAUUAGAUAUGAGACCUGUCCUACAAACUUGUGGGAGUUCUGUAUCAGUUGUGCCUUUGUGUAUUUUUGAGUGUGUUGAAGUAUUUCAAAUAAAAAUCUGAUCAAAAACUUUUUUCCACAAAUAAAAAUAAGCAUUAA